AGGCUAAGAAUACGAGGAGGUGUGAUGCUGGUUGGCGCAGAGGUGUUUCCGAGCGCCUUUAUCUUGUAGAAAUCUUAAAUGAGCAGGACCCCGGGUUUUUUUUAAGAGAUGCGAUACGCGGCACAGGGGCGCGAGGGAAAGCGGAGGCGACGCCUCGGGCGGAGGAUGCGUUCGUCAGAGGGACGCUGCGGUCCCGGCAUCCGCAGUCACAGUAACGCGCAAGUCCGCGUACGCCUGCGUUCAUGCCUGGUUAGAUGUGAGACGUUUAUACCGCGAUGUCGCUCGAUAUGCACGUGAUGCCGCGAGGCAUAAGUCGGGCAGGCGCUCGCGCUGACGUGUGGCCAGCGGCUGCGUUCAGGCUCCGCUGCCGUCGACCGCCGGUGCUGCUGCACUGCAGUGAUCCCUCCACGGCGUCCCUUCGCUUUGUCACUGCUGCAUCCCCUGUCAUGCAUCACUCCUAACAUGGAGAUUACAUCUCGCCUCACGCCGCAUUUGAAACGUCCCAUUAGCCGAUCCGUCAGCGACUUUACGCGCGGCUGUGAUGAUGAUGAUGGUGGUGAUGAUGCUCGAGCCGGUUCUUUGUUUUUCCACGACGCUCCCUGUAAUUAACCGUGACUGUUAUUAGUCAGAGUCAAGCAUCCACGAACUGAAGUAAAUGUGUUUAUUUUACCAUCAUUUUACUUGGUAUUUAAAAUGUUGCUGACACUUAUUACAUCUCAAAGUCGAGAGAUAAGGACGCUAAUAACACGUAACCGACGCAAGAGAUUAAAUAUCUCCAUAAUAAUGAUUUACUCGUCAUCAUGCUGCAUUAAAGCCGUAGAACCACUGUUGCGCAUCGCCGCCGCUCUGAGGUCCACAAAACACUCUAGAACUAUUAGAACAGCGAGAAUGCGUACGUUUAUUGUGAAAACGGAACCUUGCGGCGCCACAGCCGCGUGUGUCAAGCAGAACUAGUUUGAACUGGAUCAUCACCAUCAACCUACUAUUGAUCAAGCUGCAUAUACCCCCCGCUCCUCCACCGUAAGUAACCCCCCCCCCCCAGAGAUUCUCCAAGGAAGGAGGAAGACGGGCCGAAAAAGUGCUAAGCUCGGACAUUUGCUCCUCAAACAUGCGGCAGACAGACGGAUUUCUACGCAUCUGGCUCUGCAGCAGGUCUCCUCGAGCCGGCUGCUGCCUGCGAGCAUGCGCAGAGCUGCUUUCAGGUGCCGUCGGUGAUCUCGCAACUAUGAAACUGCAAAGUUUUAGGAAUAUUUUUGUUUUUACACAACAUCCUCAAAACAAAUCAAGAGAGCAUAUCAAAAAGGAUAAGUGAUCAUCAUAGGCAUCAUAGUACACCUGAACUGUCUGUUUCACACUUAUAUGCAUAAAUAUAAACCUAUGUAUUUGAAUGCUGUUUUCUCAAACGUCCCCACAUAAAAUAUUUAGGAAAGACAAAAAAAGCUUCAUGGACAAUUAAGUGUUAUCAAAUAGACAUGACAAGAAAUAGAAAGACAAAGUAUAAGACAAAAGUUGGUUUGGAGAAUCAAAUAAAUUCAGAUUCACACAGUCUUGAGUAAAACAAGCUGUGACAAGCGUGCCAGAAAACCCAAGGUGACCGGAACUGCUGCGUAAAUGUGGUGAGUCUGAACUUUUGGAGCGCUGUUAUUUCAGCAGGGUUUGUUGUCUUUUUUUCUCAGCCACUUCUUCACUUUAAUCCAAUACACAUGUUUUUUUUAGAAAAUGCGCCUUUGCCACAAAUGUUACAUGCCUGUUUUACAGGAAGCAGCUGUAGUGUUGGGAAUGCAGUUGGGGUUCAGUUUGUGAAUUCUAAAACCCGAAUCCAACUGUGCUUGGGCUUGACUUUAAAACGCCUGUUAUACAUUUGACCAGUAUUGAUAGUAUGAUGUGCUGUAAAUUGAUAGCUUUAAAAUGGCUCAUACUUAAUUAUUCACAUUUAGCUCACUCACUGAGGGAGUUGUCUCCUCGCUUCCUCCAACAGCAGACCGUGCAUAAAUCCCCACAGAGAGCCCCACAUAUUGUUCUAAUGCUCCUCAAUGUGACCUGACAGCCCGUGUUGCCCUGCAGCCGAGGACCCCCUCCCCAUUAAGGGUCACAUCAAGCCGCUGCCGUCUCUGCUCCCGCUCUGACCUCUGACUCCUUUCACAGACGAGCCGUCCCUGCAGCCGAGUCUGCGCAGGCGUUUGAGGCUUUUCCUGUGUUUCCCACAUUACAAAUCCCACCAGGUGCUACUGUAAACCACACAUGCUGCAGGUGGACACAGUUCACUGACAACCUCUAGCUUACACUUGAUUUUUAUUAUAAUGUCAGAAGCAAACACUAACAGUAAUUAAUCACUGUGCCCUGAGGUGCAGAUGUUAAUGACUCUACCUAAUUAGGAUCCCUCACCUUCAACCCACAUGUCGCCUGUGGUCCUUUUUUCUUUGUUUUGUUUAUUUGCUGUUAACUUGACCUCCUUAGUUCUGCUGCUUGUGGAAAACUGAUUGUUAUUACUUUAUCAUUGCAAUGAUAAUAAUUAAGAAAUACGCUUGUACAAAAACAGCAUCUGGGUUUAAGUUUCAAACAUCCAUAGGAAAGAAUAUAUUCAGUGUUGUCCAUGAAAUCAUUUCGCUGUUGCAAUUGUGAGUUGGUGCAUCAAUAAAGAUUUGUGAGCUGGUUCUAGAAAUUAAAGGCCAUGACACUACUGUACCUUCAAGAUGAUGCACAGAUGAGCUUGUGUGCGUUGGAUAAUAUAAAAUCCUUCAUGGUGUGAUUGUCAUCAUAUCUGUGGUCCUUGGUGUUGGUCAGUUAAAUGCAUCUUCUAAUAGGAGUCUGGGUGGUGGAUAGUUGGUUGGUUGUGUUUUGUAUGUAAAACAAACUACAGGGGUAGCCAUCUAAAUUAAAUAAGUAAAGCUAAUUGUGAUAAUAAUUAAGACUACAGGACAGUGUUGGCCCUUUAGUGUCUUUCAAUGGGCUUUUAGUUAAGGUCAGAUGCAAGACAAAGUAGUAACAUCUGCUCUGUCAUGUGUUUGUUUGGUGGCGGUUACUACAACUUACUUUCGGAGACAUGUCUCCCUCUUGUGGUCACAGGUCAGAGGCACAAAGCCACAGUGGAUCAGGUGUUACUUGUGGGCGCAAUAGUUAUAAAAGAUUCUUUGAAUUAUAAAUGUUUGAUUAUUUAAAACAACCUGGGACCUUUUGCAGAAUAUUACCUUGAGGUCAUCUGUUAGUGCUGAUAGACUUUAGUUUAGGGCAGGUUAGUUAGUUACAUGGUGAGUUGUGGUAAUGGAAAACCUGAGUCCAUCUGGACUCAUUAACUCCCAAAUACAGAAAUGUCCACAAACAAGCAGCUGCCAGUCUUUAAGGUGUUAGGUUCUCACACAUGCAGAGCAGCCUCAUUUCAGCCAUUUCACCAUGAUGAACCAAGACAUAGAGUCACUAUAGUGAAUGUGCAGUUCAGCAUAUAAAACUGGAUCAUCCACACUAGCUCAGAUGUCUUGGCACAUUAACAGAUGUUUUCUUUUAUCUCUGUGACACAUCAGCAAAGCCGCCUGAUCCUCAGGGCCCUGACACUGGAUAAAGCACCAAGUCAAUAUCCAUAGGCCAAGUUAAUGACCGAAAGAGUUUAUAUAAGGUAGAGGAACAUAUUAGACCAGGGGCUUGCAAAAAGAAAAGCUCAAGACAAAGUAUUAUAUUUACAUAUAUUUUGCCCUAGCUGCAGUUUAAAUAUUUAAACUUUUAAAUUCACCUUUGGUCAUUUUUUUAUAACUUGUUUGCAUUUGUGUCAUUUUUUGUGGCAGUGUAAUUUUUUUUAUUCUGUUAGGAGAAAGUUAUACCUAUUUAGAGACCUGAUAUUUAGGACAAAUGUUUAUGUGUUAGACAAGAUUUGUUGAUCUGAUGAUAUGUAAAUGUCUUUGUCAUAAUUAAAAAUCAUCGUUGCCCUGCAGUGCAGUACUACAGGUUUAAAAGCUGCAGCUACUUUAGAGUUGCUGUAUAGAAAUGGAGUUGUCCUUUACGCCCUUAUAGCCAUUUAAGACCUUUUAAAUUCUGGAUCGUUGAUGAUUUCUGAGGUCAGCAGGUUUAUCCGUCUCCUGAGUAAAAGGUUACAAGCUAGAAAGGAAGCCUGACUUCUGUCAAAGCAGUUAUAACAAAUAAUAUAUACCAGUUUAUAUUUGGAAUAUUUUGGAAGCUAUUUAAGUGUUUAGGAACCUUGUUUGACAAACCUUGACAGACAGAAAUUUGAUUGGAUGAUCUUUGUGACACAUACAUGCUCCACCCAAAAGUAUACAAAUUUAAGGCACAUCAGUCAGACCGUUCUACUCAUUCCAAGACUAGAUCAGUUCAUCACUGCCAAUUUAUACCUGACUUCAACUGCAAAAUCAAGAAAAUGAGGAUUCAGAAUAUGUUCAUGGUCCUUGCUUUUGUGGCUGUUGUGGCUGCAGCACCACUCGAUAACAACAAAGAGUCACAGCCUGGCGUUCCUCCUGUUGAAGUGUCAAAGCCUGGCGUCGUCCUUGUUGUUCAGUCAAUCUCUGACAACCCUUCAAUUGUAAAGUCAAUACCUGAGGUCGUAACUGUUGUAGAGUCAAAAUCUCACAUCUCCAAUGUUGUAGCGUCACAGCCUGACAUCCAUCUUGUUAAAAUGCCUGAAGUCUCCUUUGUUGUAGAGUCAGCGUCUAACAUCCUUCCUGCUCUAGAGUCAAAGUCUGCCGUCUCCUCUGUGGAGUCAAAGCGUGAAGGCUCUCUUGUCGUAGAGUCAAAAUCUGCCGUGUCCAAUGUCGUUGCAUCGCAGUCUGACACCCAUGCUGUUGAAGUGUCAAAGUCUGAUGUCUCCAAAGUUUUAGAGUCAAAAUCCGACAUGUCCAAUGUUGUGGAGUCAAAGCCUAAAGUCUCUCUUGUUGUAGAGUCGAAGUCUAUCAUUCCUGUUGUAGAGUCAAAAUCUGCCGUGUCCAAUGUCGUUGCAUCGCAGUCUGACACCCAUGCUGUUGAAGUGUCAAAGUCUGAUGUCUCCAAAGUUUUAGAGUCAAAAUCCGACAUGUCCAAUGUUGUGGAGUCAAAGCCUAAAGUCUCUCUUGUUGUAGAGUCGAAGUCUAUCAUUCCUGUUGUAGAGUCAAAAUCUGCCGUGUCCAAUGUCGUUGCAUCGCAGUCUGACACCCAUACUGUUGAAGUGUCAAAGUCUGAUGUCUCCAAAGUUGUAGAGUCAAAAUCUGACAUGUCCAAUGUUGUGGAGUCAAAGCCUAAAGUCUCUCUUGUUGUAGACUCGAAGUCUAUCAUUCCUGUUGUAGAGUCAAAAUCUGAUGUCUCCACUGUAGAGUCUCAGUCUCACAUCCUUCCUCUAGACUCAAAGGUUAAUAUUCCUCUUACUAAUGGUGCUGACAUCAAAGUGGUCAUUGAGAACAUUGAGACCUAUGACGAUGAUGAUGAGGAUUUUGAUGAAAAUGAUGCUGAACAUGAAGAGGGUGAUGAGGAUGAUACUGAAGAGGAAGAGGUUGAUGAGGAUAACACUGAGGAUGAGGAGGUGGAAGGGGAGAAUGAAGAAGAGGAUGAAGAGGAAGAAGAUGAGGGAGAGCAAGAUUACUAAGCUGAGCUGAAUGAAUCCCUCAACAACUUUUUCUCACGCUUUUCAUAUUUGUUUCAUAUCAUAUUAGCAGAGAUAACAAAGCAAAAAAAAACGAAAGUAGUAUUUUAUUGUGAAAGUAUAACGACAUAUCCAUCCACUGUACAUCAUAUCUGUAUCUGCUUCUCUUUCUCCAGUGUCUGAUCUUCAGUAUCUGGUCUUAGUCUUGAUCAAAACAAAUAAUAAUAAAGAAUAUAAUGGAAAUUUCA